GGCACUAGCAUUCAUUCAUUCAUUGCUCACGGCCAGGAUGGGCAAAGAAGAAGAGGAACUCAUGAUCAGAGGACUAGGUGACAUCAUGAACAAAGUCUUCUAUCAGCACCCUAAUCUGAAGAGAGCUCUGGGGAUGCAUGAGACUGACAUGGAAGUUAUGGUGAAUGUCUUGGGUGCCAGAGAGUCCAAGGUGGUGCAGGAUUUGGGAGGCUGUGGUUUGCAUAGUUGUGCUCUGCUGGUCUCUAAAGGAUAUCCAGAUAUUGGUUGGAAUCCUGUAGAGGGAAAACGUUACCUGGUCUUUCGUUAUGGUCUAGUGGUGGAGCCAGACAUGUCUCAACUAUUCUGUCUGGAUCACAAAGUGGCCAUGGUGCUGUUUUUGGACCGGGUUUAUGGAGUUGAGGACCAGAAUUUUUUGCUACAUCUACAGGAGUGUGGUUUCCUGCCUGACCUGUAA